AUGCCCAUCCUGACCUGUUUCAAGCACAUACGAUGGCCUCUGGCUUGGCCAUGGGCGCGCCGAAAAGCCUCCUCCAUCUCAGAUCUCGCCAGCAGCGAUUCAGACGAGUACGUCCCGACGCCCGAAGACUAUCCGGUCUUCCCGCCGCCAACGCCUCGUCGCAUCUUGGAAAACCGCGACGCGUACUUGGCGAAGCUCUCGACCAUAAAGUUCUCCGCGCCUCAGGGCGAGUUCGACGACAAGCCCCUGUAUUCCCUCUACCGUCUUUACGAAUUCGUUCUCCUGGACAAGGUCAUCAGUUAUCGAAAUCAGUUGGAGUACUUUUGGCGACAAAAAUCAUGGCCCGUCCACGACAUCCCAGAUCCUAAAGACGAGGACCCCGAGCGCUACGCAUUCUUGGCCUGCUGCACACUUCUACUGGUCCGGUCGUUUAACGAAAGGAUCAAACUCGGGCUGGAUCGCAACAUGCCGUCCUUGAUCACGCCAGAGGAGGCGGAAAGGGGCCGGAACCGUCCUGACCAUCUGCGCGCAUAUGAAAGAGCGCCUGAAUGGGCUGAGAGGGCUGCCUCCUUGGUAGCGACAUUAUUUGUGCCGACCGAGGGUGGUGAAAUACUGGACAAAGGCGACGGUCGAGCUUGCCCGGAGUUUCUAGCUAAAAACAUUGUGUUAUGGACACCUCAUAUCUCCUUUACGUGA